AUGGUGGGUGGUGCAGGUGGUUCAAAUGGUGUUGGUGGUGCAAAGCCCAAGCUGGUGCAGUCCAGGAUAAACGGCGCCGAGAUGGGAAGUCGACGCAACGCACAACAUCCUCUGCAAUGUCACUUUGGUUUUGUUUCAAGCCCAUACUGCUCUCCCCAUCUCUUCUCACAGAAACGUCCCAUAUAG